AAUCCACGACAGCUAUUUGCUGAACUAACGUCACAGUUAAAGAGAAAGGUCUGUUACUUGGUCAGCUAAAAACUAUUGAAAUGCAAAGGCAGUGAUAGCUAUUUUAUGUCAAAUGUUAUCGGUUCAGCAUACCGAUAUUCAGAACUGCGGUCUAACGACGCCGAUAGGCCAGCUAGAAGCCACUUUGGGGACGCUCUGCCAGUCGGACUGACAACAGACGGGAUGAUCUCAGACUGGGGGUCUGAUCAGUGAGAAGUCCCUGUGACUGUGAAUGUGUCUGUGAGGUACAUUAGGAUGAGCAGGCUCCACUCUAUCGCUGCCUGCGGGGACUGAGAGACACCGCUCUAUACACAGCAGUCGAUGCGGUCUUCCACCGCAUCACCCGUGGCUGAGAAUCCAGCAUGUCUCGCGUCUCCACCACCGCCAAGCGCUACACCGGCUCCUCCUAUACCAGUACCUAUAGUUCCUAUGGCUCCUCCCUGACGCCAUCCUCCCUCAGCUCCUACACCUCCGACCGGGACAGGCUGCCCUCCUACAGGAGCAACGCUGCCUCCUCCUCGGGCUAUUCCUCCUCCAGCUACCUGAGCAGCGCUGCCAGCCGCGCCCGCAACUACAGCACCUCCUUGGAGCUCGACCGGGGCCGGCCCAUCCCCCGCACUGACCUCCUGAGCAGCAGCAGCCGGCGCAGCGAGAGCCUGAGCCGCACCCCGGUGAAGACCUAUGGCUCGUCGGGCCUGAGCGGCGGCUCCGGUUACACUGGCUACAGCAGCUACUCCUCGUCCACCACGCCCAGCCGCUCCAGCUACCUCUCCUCGUCGCCUGGCGCCUCCAGCAUCUCCCUCAGCCGCCGGAGGUCGUCGAGCCAGAGUGACCUGACGCGGGACCUGUCGUCCCUGGGCCUCAACGAGCCCACGUCCCCUUCCUCCUCCUCCUCCUCGAGCGCCCUGAGGGGUUACCGGAGCAGGGCCAGCGAUGUGGCCGACUCCUACAACAGCAGCCUGCAGAGCUCCAGCUAUGGCCUGUCCCACAGCGCCACGCAGGAGGCCUUAAGCAGCAGCAGCCUGAAGAGCGGUGGUGGUAGCCGCUUCACCUCCUCCUACGAGAGGAGCGACAGCAGCAACGGACGACCCAGCUCCCCCACCAGGGACUCCCCGAACUCCAAGAGUGCCCAGGGCCUGGUGGGCCUACGGAACCUGGGAAAUACCUGCUUCAUGAACUCCAUCCUGCAGUGUCUCAGCAACACGCACAACCUCCGGGACUACUGCCUCCACAACUCCCACCGACGCGACCUUAACAAAAACAGCCGCACCAACACUGGGGCGCUCAUGGAGGAGUUUGCCAAGCUCCUCCAGACCAUGUGGACGUCGUCGAGCAGCGAGGCGGUCGGCCCGUCAGAGUUCAAAACUCAGAUCCAGAGAUACGCCCCCCGAUUUGUGGGAUACAACCAACAGGACGCCCAGGAGUUCCUGCGCUUCCUGCUGGACGGGCUGCACAACGAGGUAAACCGGGUCACGGUGCGGCCGCGGGGCAGCUCAGAGGACUUUGACCACUUGCCUGACCGAGAGAAAGGUGAUAGAAUGUGGAGCAAGUACCUGGAGAGAGAGGACAGUAAAAUAGUGGACCUGUUUGUGGGUCAGCUGAAGAGCUCGUUGACAUGCAGCACGUGUGGCUACUGCUCCACUGUCUUUGACCCCUUCUGGGAUCUCUCUCUACCCAUCGCCAAGAAGGGCUACGGAGAAGUGAGUCUGAUGGACUGCAUGAGUCUCUUCACCAAAGAGGAUGUGCUCGAGGGCGAUGAAAAACCAACGUGCUACAGGUGUAAAGCCAGAAGAAGAUGCACAAAGAAGUUCACUGUACAGAAAUUCCCCAAGAUCUUAGUGCUUCAUCUGAAACGCUUCUCUGAAGCGCGGAGAACCAGCAAACUGUCCACAUUUGUCAACUUCCCCAUGGAGAAACUGGACCUCAGGGAGUUUGCCUCGGAAAACAGCAUAAAUGCCGUUUAUAACCUGUACGCAGUGUCCAAUCACUCAGGCACGACCAUGGGCGGCCACUACACAGCGUACUGUCGCAACCCCACCUCGGGAGAAUGGUACACGUUCAAUGACUCCAGAGUAACGCCAAUGUCCUCCAGCCAAGUGCGCAGCAGUGACGCCUACGUGCUGUUCUACGAGCUGGCCUCCUCCUCGCGGAUGUGAGGGCCUCCCGGAGGAGGAGGGCACUGCAGACAGAGGGAGGGAGGAAGAGGAGGGCAAAGCCAGGCCCAUUAGGACUAAUCACAUCCACAACAGAGAGAGGCUACUACUUCCCCCUUCCCCAACUUCAUCCACAACAAAGAGAGGCUACUACUUCCCCAACUUCAUCCACAACAGAGAGAGGCUACUACUUCCCCCUUCCCCAACUUCCUCCACAACAGAGAGAGGCUACUACUUCCCCAACUUCAUCCACAACAGAGAGAAGCUACUACUUCCCUCUUCCCCAACUUCAUCCACAA